UCCAAAUACAGAAGUCAUCCAUAUCACGUCGUCGUGAAUUGAAAACAUUCUGAGCUGAAUUCGACUUAAAUUGUAAGAGAUAGUUUUACAAGGACAAUGUGUGGAUUCAAUCUGACUUCUGCUGUUGUAACUUUCCACAAUUUAUGAUGUCAGCAGUGGCAGGGGGACUCGGUAGAGCUACGGUCCGAGCUGUGAAAGGCAGGAAACGUCUUAUUCCACAGAGGGCAGCUUUGGUUUUGACACAGGCAGCAGUUGAGAAGAUCCAAGGAAUAGUGAGUGAGAAACCGGAGAUUAAUGGGUUACGUGUUGGUGUUAAGACCAGGGGCUGUAAUGGUCUGACCUAUACAUUGGAUUACGCCACCGAAAAAGGCAAAUUUGAUGAGGAGGUGGUUCAGGAUGGGGUGAGGGUCUUCGUUGACUCCAAAGCUCAGCUUUCACUCUUAGGUACAGAAAUGGACUAUGUGCAAAAUAAACUGAGUAGCGAGUUUGUUUUUAACAAUCCUAACGUCAAAGGCACAUGUGGAUGUGGAGAAAGCUUCAAUGUCUAGCGAUGCGAACUGCUACAUUAGGGAGAGGGGUGGAGUUCUGCUGGAGUAAGCAGUUGAGAAAAGAGGUUUGGAGAAGAAAUGGGGGAGGGGGGUCUUCAGAUAUGUACACCCCUCCCCCACUUCAUCAAAUGCCAUUGUUGCAUGAGACUGGUGCUUGUAACAAAAUGCUUCGGUAUCCCACUGGAUUACUGUUGGAUACCUCAGGAGAUCAGACCAUAUGAAGACAUCCAAGGAACGAUAUGUUAAACUGUUUUAAAAAUAGUGAUUAAGUUCUUGCCGAGCAGAAUUGUUUGCUGUGCACUGUAAUCUCCAUGUGUUUAAAACUACAAUACAACUGAAUAAAACAUGAGUUGUGUUAUAAAGUUACAUGUAUACAUGUACCAUUUUGGGCUCUUUGGUGAGCGGAUGUCAUGAGCAUGUCAUAUUGACAUAUUAGAGUGCUAACAUGUCACUGCGUUUAUGAAGCUAUGUGGGUGCUUCCAUGUUUGGGGACAAACCAAUGUAACAGUUUGUAACUUUGUGUGGCUGUUUUACAGAACUUGCAAAGAAUUUUAUGAUUUGAUCAUAUGAUCAGAUGUGCAUUCUUUUGUGCACGUGCGUAAUGCAAACCUGUGUAUACAGUAUUGCAUGUCCUUCAGUUUCAACAUAAACUUAAGUUCUAUGAAAAAGUGAAUUCAGCCUUAAUAACGCACAAACCUCAAAGGUUUCGCAUCCAGGAGCCUGAUAUAAUUUAUUUUUGUGAAGUUAUGUCAUGUGUAUGUUAGCGCUCUAGUCAAUCAGAGGAAAGGAUAUUGUAUGAAGUGGCACCAUGUGAUCAGUUUGCUAGAGGGUUGUAUUUGUUGGGCUGAUGUAGGUACAUAUACAUGUAUGUUCUACAUUGGGUCUUUAAAGGCACUGGACACUAUUGAUAAAUACUCCAAAUAGACCUAA